ACAAUGGACCGGGAGCGCAGCAUUAUCGAAUUCGAUCAAGGAUGGGCAGAUAUACAGAAAGGGAUCUCAAAGCUGAAGAGACUAUUGGAAGGGAAGGCAGAAACUCCAGUUUCCAUAAGAGAAUAUACGAUGAUUUACACGUAUCCUCCAAUUACUUAUUUUCAGUUGUAUUGAAUUUUGUUUGGCCACUUAAUUAUUCAUCAUCUUCCUUAAUUUGCAGUACAAUCUACAACAUGUGUAAUCAAAAGGAGCCUCAUGAUUAUUCUGAACAGCUUUAUAACAAGUACAAGGAGACACUAGAUGAAUAUAUCACUUCAACAGUAUUGCCACCUUUAAGAGAGAAGCAUGACGAGUUCAUGCUAAGGGAGCUUGCUCAAAGAUGGCUGAAUCAUAAAGUAAUGGUUAUGUGGCUAACACGGUUCUUCCAAUACCUCGAUCGCUACUUCAUUACCCGGAGAUCGCUGCCUGCACUUAAUGUAGUUGGGAUGACCUGUUUCCGCGAUCUGGUUGGUUAUUGA